AUGUCGCGUGCCCUCAUGAACGUACUGCGAACGUCUUCGCGACAUAUUCAAACAACACCACGUGCAUACUCGCCGCUGUCAUCGAUAUCGCGAACUAUACUGCCUUCCGCACAAAUCCGAUGGAGUUCACAUUCUCCACUGGGCUCUGCGCCAGCAAAUGCGCGUAAACCCGUCACUCUGAAUACGCUGCAGAGUCUAUACCGCAAGAACGAGCCCAUCACCAUGAUAACCGCGCACGACUUCCCCAGCGCACACGUCGCCGACCACGCCGGCAUGGACAUGAUACUCGUCGGAGACAGUCUAGCCAUGGUAGCACUAGGCAUGGAAGACACGAGCGAAGUGCUGAUGGAAGAGAUGCUACUCCACUGCAAAUCCGUUGCGCGCGCGACAAAAGGCGCUUUCACAGUCGGCGACCUCCCCAUGGGAACCUACGAGAUCUCCCCCGCCCAAGCCCUCGAAUCCGCCAUCCGCAUGAUCAAGAUCGGCCGCGUCAAAUCUGUCAAACUGGAAGGCGGCAAGGAGAUGGCUCCUACAAUAGCCAAGAUAACGUCUGCUGGCAUCCCCGUGCUCGCGCACAUCGGCCUCACACCUCAGCGCCAAAACGCUCUAGGAGGUUUCCGCGUACAAGGCAAAUCAACAUACUCCGCCUUGAAACUCCUUGAGGACGCGCUCGCUGUUCAGGAAGCCGGUGCUUUUGCCGUAGUCCUCGAAGCCGUGCCCGCUGAAGUCGCUGCUGUGGUUACCAGAGAACUGCGUAUACCGACAAUUGGUAUCGGAGCGGGUAAUGGCUGUUCGGGUCAGGUCCUAGUGCAGGUUGAUAUGUUGGGUAACUUCCCACCUGGGCGGUUCCUGCCCAAGUUUGUCAAGCAGUAUGGGAAUGUGUGGGAGGAGGCGCAUCGGGCGAUAUCACAGUACAGGGAUGAGGUCAAGAGUAGGGAGUAUCCUGCGACGGAACAUACAUAUCCUAUGGAUAAGAAGGCAUUUGAGGAGUUCAGAACGGUGGUUGAUGAGGAGAAGGAGAAGUCAGAUUUGAUGUGA